AUGAGCUCUAACCUGGUUCGCCCGAAAGGAUCUUCGGAGAAAGGUGGUGUGGUUGCUCUAUCCGCCAUCGAGUCAUUUGGCCAAUUCACAGCAACGUUGAAGCUCCCUUGGACACCUGGCCAAUCCGUCAAUAGCCCACACAACGUCGUCUGUGGUAAGACCAUACGCCUACAAAGGCGCUGGUUAGAGAAUGGCCAGCCGGAAAUCUUUUGGCUCGAUGAUGCAGAGAAUACUGGUGUACGCCUCCGAGCUCGACAGUCAAGGGGAGCCGGAUCAGAGCGUUCCCGAGAAAGGGACGACGACUGCUGGGAGGUAGAUGUUGAAGGUCAGUCAGACAUAUGA